AUGAAAAGUACGACUUUUUUCAUUCAACGUCAUCCAGGUGAUCUAGCUCGUCGCGUUCUGUCCUUUGGUUCAUUUCUGAUCAAAAUAUCACUAGAAAUGGAGGAUUUCAACCAGCUGGGUCAGGUGUAUUGUACGUUGCAUUUGGAUCCGGAAAAUGGUAUAAAGCGUCCAACGAAUACGGAAAAACACGGAAAGGAUGGAACUCGACGACCAGGUUCAUCACACGGUGCAAUUUGA